GGGAGCCAAGGAGAGGGCAGUCACAGGCGCACAGGGCAGCAAGCCAGGCGGAGCGGCACCCCAGCACCCCGCGCGACACACUGCCUGCACGCUCUGGAUUGCCGCGCAUUGGGACACACUGCUGGAGGACAAUAAAUCAUUGCCUGGAAGCAGAAGAUGCCAGCUGAUAUGAUGGAGAAGAACUCCUCUUCUCCUGUGGCUGCUACCCCGGCCAGCAUGAGCAGUACCCCGGAUAAACCCAAAACUGCCUCCGAGCACAGGAAGUCCUCCAAACCCAUCAUGGAGAAGAGAAGGAGAGCACGGAUCAACGAGAGCCUGAGCCAGCUCAAGACCCUCAUCCUGGACGCCUUGAAGAAAGAUAGCUCCCGACACUCUAAGCUGGAGAAGGCUGACAUCCUGGAGAUGACGGUGAAGCACCUCCGGAACCUGCAGAGGGUACAGAUGACUGCCGCCCUCAGCACGGACCCCACAGUUCUCGGGAAAUACAGGGCUGGAUUCAGCGAGUGCAUGAACGAAGUCACCCGCUUCCUGUCCACGUGUGAAGGGGUUAACACGGAUGUGCGGACCCGGCUCCUGGGCCAUCUGGCCAAUUGCAUGAACCAGAUCAAUGCCAUGAACUACCCGGCUCAGCCCCAGCUCUCUGCAGCUGCCAACCCGCACCCAGCUUUUGGACAGCCAUUGGUUCAGCUUCCGGCCAGUGCACCACAAGGAAACCCAUCUCCCACGGGUGGGGUUCCCUGCAAGAUGGGUGGCCCACAAGUGGAGGCUGCCAAGGUCUAUGGUGGCUUUCAGCUGGUGCCAGCAUCCGAUGGACAAUUUGCUUUCCUGAUCACUAACCCAGCCUUCCCACACAAUGGAUCUGUCAUCCCAGUCUAUACCAACUCCAGUGUGGCCGCAGUGUCCCCAUCAGUCCUGCCAUCAGGCAUGGCAGACUCUGUGUGGAGACCCUGGUGAGGGACUGGCAUGGACUGAAGGCGCUUUCUUCUAGAAAGAUUAGUUACCACUAGUAAUCCCUUCUUUUUGUAGCGAGAAUGCACUAUGGUUGUAAAUAGGAAAUGUUCAUAUUGAAUGUGCCUUGUAUUAUAAGAUGGCGAUUUAUAUUUCGUUUCUACGCGAAAGUCUGUUUUUUAUAUUGAGAUGCCAAAGACAUUGACUAUGCUCUUAUUCUUCCUAUUAUGGAAGCCUUAUUAAUAAAAAAACUGCACAGUGGA